AUGUCAUCCGCAUUGCUUUGCAACCUAUAUGCCAAUUCUCUUAUCUACUGGAAGGACUCGCCUAAGUUGCGUGGAGGGCGCACUCCCGAUGUUCGAUUCAUAUGGAACCAGGCGAAUGAAGCAUUGCAUUCGGAACUAUUCCUCUCGCCCGGAUUAUCUACGGUCAUGUCUAUCAUUCUCAAUGUCUGCGGGAGACCAAGUACCUCCAUGUUUGGCAACGGGGGAAUGGUUGGGACAGCAGUUGCGCUAUCCAAUGCACUCGGUCUAAAUAGAGACCCAUCGGGCUGGAGUAUAUCACCACUGGAGAAGAGUCUCCGAAUACGAAUAUGGUGGCUAGUGGUUCUUCAUGAUCGGUGGUGCAGCCUGGCAUAUGGAACACCUGUACAAAUCCACAGAGCACAAUAUGAUGUGCCGUUUCCAUCAAUUAGUGAUAUGUGCUCAGCCGGUGCAUCACCAUACCAAAGGGAAGCAGCCUCCAUAUUCAUUGCCCUUCUCGGUUUGACGGAUGUGCUCGCCCGCUAUCUAGAACACCUGUACAGCGUGUCGUCGGACUCGGCGUCCUUGGGGCUUUCCACAUUCGACUUGGAGCAGAUCCUCAGCGAAUGGGAAGAAACCCUGACAGGCGAUAUCCGUACGCUGAUUCUACGAGGAACGAAACUUGAUGGGCCUGGGGCGGCCAACCUCCGACUUGCUUACCUAGCUGUCAAGCUUCUGCUCCGCCGCAUCCAACUUGGUCUCAGCAGAAGCCAUGUACAAGUAGAGGAAGAAACUAGCUCCCCAUUUUAUAUGCAAGCCCAACGUGCAGCCGAAGAUAUUGCCCACCUGAUGCGAGAGAUGAACGAGCCACAACUCGGUGGUUUCUGGAUUCCUCUCCAAGCAUUCUCGAUCAAUUCUGCGACGAUGUUUCUUCUUCGAAGUGGUCUUCGCAUUAGGAACCGGACUCAAAAUAGUCCACUCAAAACCGCAAAAGAAACGAUCGCUAUCCUUCAGGCCCAUCGUAGAAACUUUGAUUGGGAUUUAGCGGAUGAUUGUCUUAAUCACUGCAGUGAUCUGGUUCAAAGGAUAGCCAUGAACAAUCCACAAAUCAAUCCGGACCUGCCUAUUGAAGACUUUUCAUAUUUCUCAGAGAAUCUCGAUAUAGAUCCAUCUAUUUUGGAUGACCUGUUUGAGGGAAUAACGGGGGUCUCAGAAAGCCUUGAUAUCUGA